UAAAAGGAAAGUCUAUGCGAAAUAUGUAUCAGUAUCUUUUCGUUCAUCUAGAAGAUUAUUCAAGGCGAUAAUGAAAGCAAUCGUCUUCUUUGCUGCGGUUGUGAUUGGGAUUGCAGUAGCUAGCCAUCAUGGGGGAGGUGGAGGACAUGACAAUGCUCAUUACAAAUUCGAGUAUGGCGUCCACGACCCCCACACCCAUGACCACAAAUCCCAGCACGAGCACAGAAAAGGGAAACACGUCACUGGGGGUUACACAUUGAAAGAGGCCGAUGGUACACACAGAAUUGUCAAGUACAAAUCAGGACCCCACAAAGGAUUCGAGGCUGUAGUAGAACGAGCUGGUUAUGCUCAGCAUCCUGCACAUUACGGUAAACAUGGAAAAAAUGGACACGGAGGAAAGGGAGGCACGAGCUACGUUGGAGUCACUCACUGGAGCAAUCAGGGGAGUGAUGGACACGGUCAUGGAGACGGUAGUCAUGGUGGACAUGGUAGCCAUGGUGGACAUGGUGGACAUGGUGGACAUAGUGGACAUGGCGGACAUGGUGGACAUGGUGGAUAUGAUGGGCAUGGUGACCAUGGUGGACAUGGUGGACAGGGUGGGCAUGGUGGCCAUGGUGGACAUGAUGGAAAUAGACAAGGAGGUCAUGGUGGACACAGGCAUGGACAUGGCCACUAGUUUUGGUCAAUUUUGUAAUACCAAAGAAUAUAAAAUAUUAUUUUUUU